CAGCACUGGCCACGUCCCCCCAUCCCUCCCACACGGCUCCGGGUGCCUGUCCCUCCCUCUGGAUGCUCAGCUGGCACUUUGGGGUGCAGGGGGCUGAGUGGCUUCCUGGGGCAAGGAGAAGCUGGGUACCAGCCAGCUCCAGGUUCUCUGAGGGAAUCUGUCUGUCUGUCAGUCUGAGUGUGCACUGGAUAUCUCAGAUGGUUUAUUUAGCUGUAUUGGCCCCAUUUAUUCGUGGUUUAGCCCACCAGGAGGAUAAGUACAGGGGGUCUGGCAAAGGAGCAGCCUGACACACCUCCCCUAUUCCUGCCAGCUUUGCCAGGACAGCACUGCUUCCAUAGCCUCACCUUCUCUUGCAAAUGACCCCCUGCUUCAGCUGCACACCAGUCAAACCAGUUCCAAAGCUGGGCUUGCCCCUGGGAACUUCCAUCUUGGUGAACACAUGGUCACCCUGGGUUUCCCCAAAGUGGGGUUUCCUGAGGGUUGGGAGCUGGAAAUGACAUUUUCUGUGCCCUCCACAUGCUGGGACUGUCCCUCAUCUUGGCCAGAGGAGUAGAGGAAGUGGGCUCAGGCACCUCUGCCCAUCUUCCAAGCUUCCCUCUACUCUGUGUGCCCUCUGUGUCCCCUUCCACUCUGCUUUCCCCUUGGCUGUCUUACCCCAGGAGAUGAGUCAUGGGUGGAGUCACAGUGACACCCAGGGUGGGCACAACUGCCAGCCCUGGCAGGGAGAGCUGUCAUGCCAGGAAGUGCCAGCUGUGUCAUCCUGGUGCUCAAUCCUCCAAGGAUGCCACGGUGAUGCUCCUCAUGUUCCCUACCCAGCACCCACCAGAGUUGAAUGCCUCCCGGGCCCGUGGCAGCAACCACAGUGUGAACAGCCUGCCAGGGCCACCAGCCUCAUGUGGAUCCACCCAGGGCUCUGUGGUCAGCUGGGCUGAGUCCUUCGAGACACUGCUGCAGGACCGUGUGGCUGUCACCUACUUCACUGAGUUCCUCAAGAAGGAGUUCAGUGCUGAAAACGUCUACUUUUGGCAGGCAUGUGAGCGCUUCCAGCAGAUCCCAGCCAGUGACACGCAGCAGCUGGCUCAGGAGGCACGGCGCAUCUACGAUGAGUUCCUCUCCAGCCACUCGGUCAGUCCUGUGAACAUUGACAAGCAGGCCUGGAUUGGGGAGGACAUGCUGGCCACCCCCUCCCCAGACAUGUUUCGCAUCCAGCAACUCCAGAUCUUCAACCUGAUGAAGUUUGACAGCUACACACGUUUUGUGAAAUCCCCCCUGUACCAGGCCUGCCUGCGGGCAGAGAGCCAGGGCCAGCCCCUGCCUGACCUGCGGCCCCACUCCCGCAGCAGCAGCCCCCCUCCUGACCUCAGCAAGACGAAGCUGAAGCUGGGCAAGUCGCUGCCCCUGGGCGUGGAGACGGCGGGCAGCAGUGCCAGCCGCAGCCUGCAGCGCUCCUUCAGGAAGGGAGAGCGGCGGGAGCCCUCCUGGGCAGAGGGGGGAGAAGGCAGCAGGAGCGCCAUGCUGUGGAGGGAGUCCCAGGGCUCACUCAACUCCUCAGCCAGCCUGGACCUCGGCUUCUUGUCCUCGGCCAGCACAGCCACCAGCCCCUGCACGGAGGGCCAGCAGAAGACCCUGGGGGGCAGCGAGGCAGAACUGCCAGGCAAGCCCAUGAAGUACUGCUGUGUGUACCUGCCCGAUGGCACGGCCUCGCUGGCCUCUGUCCGGCCCGGCCACUCCAUCCGGGACAUGCUGGCCGGGCUGUGUGAGAAACGCGGCUUCAGCCUGCCCGACAUCAAGGUGUUCCUGGUGGGCAAUGAGCAGAAGGCGUUGGUGCUGGACCAGGAGUGCUCCGUGCUGGCAGACCAGGAGGUGAAGCUGGAGAACAGGAUAAGCUUUGACCUGGAAAUCUCCUCCCUCAACAAGACCAUCCGCAUCACAGCCAAGUCAACCAAGCGCAUCCGGGAGGCGCUGCAGCCCGUGCUGGGCAAGUACGGCGUGAGCGUGGAGCAGGCGCUGCUGCGCAGGCAAGGUGAGCCAGCCACCCUGGACUUGGAGAAGCUGGUCAGCACAGUGUCUGCUCAGAAACUUGUCUUGGAAACACCAGCAGACGUGCGAGUGAUGGGGAGCGCUGAGGCUGCGGCUGCCUCCUCUCUGCUCCGGAGUGAGGAGGGGAGCCCAACAGGAGCAGAGCCUGACACACGAUGGGAGAUGCCCUCCUCCUUCUCCAGGCCACAGUCUUCAGCUGCCAUGAACCUCAAUCGUCGCACAUACGACCUGGAAGGGCUGGUGGAGCUGCUGAACCGUGCCCAGAGCUGCCGGGCCAACGACCAGCGUGGGCUGCUCUCUAAGGAGGACCUGGUCCUGCCCGACUUCCUCCAGCUCCCCGUGCAGGACAGCAGCGCCUGUGAGGGCUCACAGCAGCCCAGUGCCCCUCAGGCUGGCUCUGAGGGAAGCAGCUGCCCUCAGGAAGAGCCUGCUCUGGCUGAGCCUUCGUUGGACCACAAGCUCUGAUGAGUGCUGCUGCACGUCCACACCCGGCGUGUGGCACCCCCAUGGCCAUGCCAGGGUUCAAGCGGGGUCCGACAGCCUCUGCCCUGCACCGCUGACACUGCCCAGACUGCAGAUCCAUCCACGUCCUGUCCCACGCUGUCACGUUGUGUCCUGUGAGUGGCUGAGCAGCUGCCAUGCCCCUCUGUGGGGCCACAUCCCGGUGCACACCAAGGGACUCUUGUACAUAGUCUGAACCCUCGUUGCAAAGCACUUUGCAACAUCCCUGGCACUGCCCUGCCCAGUGCCCCUGCCCUGCCCAGCACAUCCUGCCUGUGUCGCACAGCCCCGCUCGCUCUCUGGGUGGGGAAAGCUCCCUUCCAGCUGCAGGGUGCGCAGGAUGGACAGGCUGGGUGGGGAGGAAAGGCAGGCUCCAGUCCUGAGCUGCAGUGCUGUGGGCAGGCAGGGUCAGCAGAACUUGUGCCCCGAGCUCAGAGCCAGAUCCAGCCCUGGCCCCGUGGGAAUGGGGCUGCCCCGUUGUUGAUUUGCAAGUCCACCCUUGCUGGGCAGGGUGAGCGUGGCCCUGCCAGGCUGUGCUCCGGGCAGGCUGUUACGUCUGCAUUGCGUGAGCGUGGCCUGAUCCUGCCACAGCAGCACUGCUUGGAGCAGGGCACAUGGUUCCUGCCUCGGGCAGCCAGAGGCAGAGCCAGCAGAUGGUGCCAAAAAAGCCUUCCUCCUCCUCCUCCUCCUCCUCCUCCUCCUCCUCCUCCUCCUCCCCGUCGGAGAUCCUGUGUGGGCGGCUGCUGAGGAACAGGCAGGAGCAAAUCCCAUCUCCUCUGCCCCAUCCCCACUGGGGUGUGGGUGCUCAGCCUGUAGGACAGCCCUGCUUGGUGCCAGCAGAAUGCAGCACCCCUGGGU